AUGAAUACGGAAUCCUUUGGAACGGGAGCUCAAACUGGCCAGUCCUUCGGAUAUCUACUCACUGAGUUACCGUUAUUAAAAUAUUUUGCAUUGAACGAUUCCGGUCAAGUCAAUACAAUGACAUAUUUGGAUUCGACUAUCACCAAUAAUACUGUUGUAAGUCUAACAAUGUCUUUAACUGGUUAUGUGCGUUGGACAUCGAUAUUGCGUCGAUUUGAAAAAUUGAAAGUACUCACGAUUGACUUUCGUUUCCAAAAUGAGAAAAAACGAGUGGCACCUCGAGAUUCCACUUCGUAUUAUGGAAAUCAAAUACAAGAAAUAUUACCGAUCGGUUAUCCUAUUCGACUUCGUCACGUCAAAAUCUAUCAAUACAAUAUGAUAUUGGAAAAUGUUGAACAAUUAUUUCAACUCUUAAUUUCACCAACCUUAUCGACUCUAUGCUUAUUUAAUUGUCAACGUCCUUUUACGAGAUAUCCGCAACCGAAAAGACAACCUCCGUUUCUCGAUGGUACACAAUGGCAUGAUUUGGUGAAAAACUAUUUGCUACCAACGAUGAAGCGAUUCUAUAUCGAGUACGAAGAUGUUGAUAAUACAAUGUCCAUGAGAAAUAUUGCCCAAGUUAAAAAUAAUUUUAUGAAAUAUAGUGGACAAAAUUUACCAUGGGAAGUAACCUGUUCGUACGACCCAAAAACAAAAUUUCUUUCUUUUGAUUUCAUUUUUACUUGAAUAGAUUUCAGUUCAAUUUUCGUUGGAUUAAUAAUCACUGACAAGUUUUGUCUCGGAGAGGGUGGGGGGAGGUUGAGUUGUAGGUACUAGGAUGGAACACUGGAGUUAAUCGAUCUUUACCGGCACCUGAUCUAUCGAGAACAGGUUCACCGGUAAUUGGUUUUAGGCUUAUAACAGUUUAUACCUGUCUAUAUCGGAUUCCAUCGGUUUAAAGUAUACUCGUUUUCCAAAAUUUUUGACUUCUUUCAUCGGGGAAACAGUUUUUUGAUAUUUUGCAUGAACGUUUCUUUCGAAAAAUCGAUCAGGGUGCCCAUGAAACAGGCUGACUCCGUGAGGCUUCAACUAACUCAACGGCACCAGAAACACUUGUUUUGGAUGAGUAUGUGAGUGUGCAUAUGUUCUACUCUUUCACUGGCACCUACACUUGCAUCCAAUAUCAUUUUAAAUAAUAUCAUUAUCAACAGUAUCAGCACGCAGUGCCAUAAUGACAAGUAUCACUGGUCAGUGUGACUCGCUUGACCCUUGACUGAAUUCUCAGAUGAAGGUUGGGAGGGCACACGAAUGCUAAUGCUCGCGUUUGUUUACUUGUACAUGAUGAUAUGUUUGUUUUUAUGACUCUUAUUCUCAUGAAUGAACACAACUAAAACAAUACCUAUGAACGAAAAUGAGUUGGAAAUAUUGAGAAAGAACCACACUAACACAAGAAUGCUGACAAGUACAACCUUUCGGCAAAGUCGUUAACGAAUUUGACCUCCUGAGAGUGUGGUCUGAAUGGGUCUUCCUUUGUUGAGCACUCACACCCUAUGAAGGGUUUCUACGAAUCUCGCUGAUCAUAGAUCAACAUAUAGAACAUGUCGAACUAAAUCACUAUUUAAAACUUUGUAAAACGAAAACUAUCGUAUAUUCAAAAAAAUACUAAUACAUGGUCGAAGCCACA